AGCAUCCAUCCACCUUUUUGAAGACGACAACAAUAUUAAAAAAUAAUUAUGUUAGAACAUUAGCCAUUACCAGCAAAAAGAAACGAAGAAAACAGAAAAAUGCACAAAUUGAAAAGUUCGCAGAGGGACAAAGUCAGACAGUUCAUAGCAUUCACCCAAACAACAGAAAAGACAGGUAUUCACUGUUUAAGUUGUCAUGACUGGAAAUUAGACGUUGCUGUGGACAACUAUUUCCAAAAUCCAGAAAAAUACAAUGAAUCUUCCCGUCCUACUGUUGACAGAAAAAGAUUGGAAGCUCUUUGGCAAAGAUACAAAGAUCCCCAUGAGGAAGACAAGAUGACAGUGGAUGGCGUAAUGAAGUUUCUUGAAGAGUUGAAUUUAAAUCCUGAAUCAAGGACAGUUCUUGUUAUAGCCUGGAGGUUUAAGGCAGCAACACAAUGUGAAUUUACAAAGGAAGAGUUUUUAAAUGGCAUGGUUGAAUUAGGAUGUGAUACACCAGAGAAGCUGAAACAAAAGUGUUCCCAGUUGGAACAAGAGAUCAGGGAUCCCUCUAAAUUCAAAGAUUUUUAUCAGUUUACUUUUAAUUAUGCUAAAAACCCAGGACAAAAAGGUUUAGAUUUAGAUAUGGCAAUAGCAUACUGGAAUAUUGUUUUAUCAGGAAGAUUCAAAUUUCUACCUUUAUGGAGUCAAUUUUUACAGGAGCAUCAUAAACGAUCAAUACCAAAAGAUACGUGGAAUUUGUUGCUAGAUUUUUGUAACAUGAUCAAUGAGGACAUGAGUAACUAUGAUGAAGAAGGUGCCUGGCCAGUGUUAAUAGACGAGUUUGUAGAGUAUGCAAGGCCUCAGGUACAACCUAAGAGUACAACGGUAUAACGUCGGCUCCCCCCUGUAUAUAGUUACUGUAUAGUGCUUACUUCAUGAUUUAUUUCUGCUUUAUAAUACUGCUAAGUUAUAAAACUACAGGAAAGAUAACUCAUCUACAGAAAAGCUGUUAAACUACAAAAAAGAUGAGAAUUUAAAGAAAAGUAUUAAAACUCCAGGAAAGAUGAGAAAUCUACAGAAAUGAAGAUAUGAUAAAAGUAUACUGUAAAAAAAUUAUGAAAUUAAAGGAAAGAUAGGAAAUUGAUGAAGAAGUUGUAAAAUUACAGACAUGAUAAGAAUUGUAUAGAAAAAGUACAACAUAUCAAAAGACAGUACAAAGAUACAUAGGGAAGAUAAUGAACAGAAAGUUUAUUAAUCUACAGGAAAGAAUGCACUUUUAUACAGGAAAGCAAUAUAAGCACACAAAAGUAUAUCUGGUAUGUAGACUAGAUAAAGUUGGAGACACUUGCCAAAUUUUAUAGCAACAAGUUCAAGAAGGGCUGCAUGGUCACCCUGAGUUAGAAUUUAGAUAUUUUACACUGUUUUGCUCUUUUGCUUUUAUUUACUUUCAAUGUGACAUAGUCCUGUAGAGUUACUGCUAUACACUUCUUUGUUAUAAAUGUCAAGAUAAUUAUAAAUAGAUAAUAAUUUAACAUUUUUUACAAAGUCUUUAACUGAUAGUAAUCAUAUACGGAUACAAAACAAGAGUCAAAUAUUUUCAUAAACAUAUCAGAGAUGAAAUUAACGAUUACAUAACAGGUAGAGAUGUAACUCUAAGCAGAUAUAGAAUAUAUGAAACAAACAACCAUGGUUUGGCCUAUAUGAAAAGAAGUAUGAAUAAAAUCCCAUUGUUAAACACUUUAAGAAUUGAGAGUGGUUGCUAGUUUGUGAUUUAUAAAUUAAAAACAUGAUUUUUCUUUAAAAUGUUUUCUUUAACUGGCAAGAAACAGAUCUACCAACAAAAGAAGAAAGAAAAAAAUAUUAGCAAAAUUUGUCAAUACAUGUUACAAUUAAAAGCAAUUUUUCUUCAAAUUCUUUUGUGCAUAAAAAAUAUAAAAAUUGUAUAAAAAAAUAUCAACUUGUGAAACAAUGAAACAGUUUUUCUUGUGAAGGUACCAUUCUUUUAAUGCAAUACUGGUUAAGAAAUAAUGUUUAAUUGAGAACAAAGAUGUGAAUAUUGUAGGACGUAGAAUUUUUAGAAAAUUUUAACCUUGAACCUGCCUGAGCUGCAGUAGAUAUACGCUUGCCAACAAUACAGGUCCAGGUACGCAUGUACUUACUUGCAGUCUGACCAGGCUCAAUACUGUAGGCUGAUCAACUUUGAAUUUUCAUCUUGAUAUCCCAAAAACUGAUAAUGGAAUGUUCCAGAAAUGAGUGUUGGUCAAGUCUAUUUAUGGAAUUUAGCAAAUAAGAUUUAAAUAGUAGUAUACUAUCAUCUUUUAUUGUUUUAGUUUGUAGGAAAAUGAACAAAAUACAACAAUUGUCUUCCUAUUCUAUAAUGAUAUUCUUUAUUUCACAGUUUAGAGCUCCUUCCAUACCAUUCCAUUCCACUAGGUUCAAUUUAAUUUCUUUGUCUUAGAUUAAAAGGACCUCCACCGAUGUCCGAAAGCGAAGAAAUAUAAAAUUUGAAAUUCAUACAUAGAUCAACAGGGGCAUUUAAAACAGAAAUAUCCAGAAGUUAAUUUAAAUUAGAAAUGUAAUCAGAAUUAAAUUGAAUGUAGAUUUUUUUUAGCAAUUCUAAGCCCGAAAUGAAAUAACUAUUAUGGAAAAUCGGAAAGAGCAAAUGAUAUGACAUUUUCAAACAUGUUAUUGGUCUAGACCUAUAUCAAAUGAUAAUUUUUGACAGGUUAUUUGGCCCUAUAUAAACAGUUGUUAAAUGUUUGUAAAUAUAUCCUGAGCCUUUAAGUUAGGGUUAAAUUGCUAAUAACCAUUUAUAUAUGGUGAAAUAACCUGCCAAGAAUUAUAACGAGUUAAUAAUACUGCAAUCAUGCUUAAUUAGAGAAAAAAAUGAAAUGAUUUAUAAAUUGACUGCAGCCGUGUAUAUAAAUUAUAUAAAUGUCAUGAUUAUCCAAUGAAAAACAACGUAACAAACAUGCAGUAUUAUAAAAGUUUCAAAAACAAUAUCUCCAGUCUGUCAUGUCAAAAAAACCUCUGUGGAGUUAUUUAUUCAAUAUCUAUGUACUAGAUCCAUAUUUUCAUUACUUUUUUUAAAAAUUGAUACACACUAAGGAGGGCUUAGUGUGAAAGGGUUGUAACUCGUCUUAUAUCGUCCCUGUGAAUUGCCACAGUUUUGCACCAAGCCUUGAUUAUUUGUCCUGAGUCUUCACUUUUGUUACUGAUAAUUAUUGAUGAAUCAAAUUACUUUUUCUAUGAAUGUUGUCAUUAAGUUUUG